UUUCGCGCAUGCGCAAUUGUCCAUGUGUAUAUGGUGGUGCACGGAGAUUUGGGGAAUAGAUUCGUAGUGUCAUUUUAUCCUAAGUAUUGCAUAGUUGUGCUUUCUAAUUUUGGAAAAAGACCGACACCGGCAAGUGUAUGUGAAUCCAGUUCAUUAUAAACAGGAACAUUGGAAAUGGAUAAAGACUUGCUGAGACAGUGUCUGACGUAUCAUGGAUGGUCACUGCUGGAGAAAUUGAAAUGUGAACAAACAGAAAACCCAGACUUUCAAGCAGUGGUGUCCGACCUGUGCAAGGCCACGUGUGAAAGCAGUAGUGGAGGGCAGGUCAAUUCCCUUGUGGAGCAGUUCAUAGCCAGGAAGGCUGACAUCCUGUUCUGUCCAGCAUGGAAGACGACCACUGUUCAGGAAGAGGAGCAUGUAGAGGAGGAGGAGGCUGUAGAGCCCUAUGCCCUCAUGCCACCUGUUGAGAUAUUCAUGGAGGUGUCUUUUGAGGAGAGAAGAGCCAUGCUGUACAGAGACUUGGAGAAAGGAGACAUUUUGGUGGGAAGGAUUAAUAACAUUCGAGAGUAUGGCUUCUUUCUUACAUUGCUCUGCACAGCUGGAGGACUGAAGAGAGACAUAGAGGACUUGGAGUUGUCGGCUCUGUGUCACAUCAGAGAAAUCCCCUCCACUGGCAGCCAUGAUGAUCCUCUGUCCUAUUACCAGAUUGGUGACUUUAUCAGAGCUGCUGUGAAAGAUAUCGACCGCUAUCAGGAGAAAAUCACGGUGUCCCUCCACCAGGCGUCUCUUUCUUCCAGCUUGGAGCGCAUCAAACUGGGGGUAGUUCCAAGGGAGGAGCUGCCCAUACACUACAGUCGUAGUGUUCACGCAGCUGCCAACUCCAGCAAGACAUACGAGUGCAUACUGCAGAGUUGUCACGGCUACCACAAUCCUUCUGUCGUGGAUUACCUGCUGGAGAAGGUGGGAAUCAGCGACGAGCAUCCGCCGUCAAUGAUGAGGGGGCUGCAGAGUAAACUAUUUCAAGAGGAGGAUUUUGCGUCUGUAAUCCGGAAGAAGCAGUCUGCAUCGUGGGCCUUAAAGUGUGUCCGUGCAGGUGUAGACCACUUCAAGCAUGGCCGUCAUGUUGAAGCCAUGAACGAGUACAACAAAGCCUUGGAUAUCGACACUAAUAAUGUAGAAGCCCUGGUGGCACGCGGAGCUCUGUACGCAAACAAAGGCAGUAUUGUGAAGGCUAUAACAGACUUUGAACUGGCCCUGGAGAACUGCCCGGAUCAUCGCAACGCCAAGAAGUACCUCUGCCAGACACUGGUGGAGAGAGGAAAACAGCUUGAAGAACAGGAGAAACUGGUAACAGCAGAGGGACUGUACAGAAGAGCGCUGUCCCUCGAUGACCUAAACCCUGAGGCAAAGGAAGCCCUUCACAAGAUAACAGACACCAUACAGAAAUCGAUUCGCCUGCGAGAAGAAGCGCUUGCUAAGGAGCAGGAGAAACCUACAAGCAGCCAGACCAGCGCUGAGAAAUUGCGUAAGAUCCUAAAAGAAGAGAAGAGGAUGAAGAAAAAACGAAAGAGAUCAACAUCUUCCUCGUCGUCAUCCUCCAACACAUCCAGGAAUUCCUCUUCUUCUUCAUCCUCUUCCUCAUCUCGCAGGAGGUCCAAAAAGAAGAAGAAGAAGAGGAGGAGGUCGGAGCGAGGGUGCAAGCGCCAUCGUAGGAUCUCCUCAAGGGAGAGCAGGAAGAGUGAGGAGGGUAAGAAGGAGAAAGAGGAGGAUGAAGUGGAGUGGUACCCUGCCCCUCCCAACACGUCUGCCACCUUCCUGAACCAGAAGGGAGGCCCGGGGUUUGGAGACGGGGAAGAGGGGGAGGUGGAGGAGAGGGAAGCUGAGGAUAGAAGGAUCUCUCAACUUUACUCUUUGUCAGCAGGAUCAGACGAUGAAGAGUCUGACUCCUCACGCAAGAAGAGGAAGAGAAAGGACAGAGAGGAGAGCAGGGCUGGGAGAAAGAACAGUCAGAGUAGAAGCCCAGGAAAAGAGGAGGGGAGGAGCAGGAGUAGAGAAACAAGGGAUAGAUGGAAGGAUGAUAAUAGGAAAGAUAGGAGAGACAGUAACUCAAGGAGGAGGAGUAGCAUAGAAGAAGAGAGAAAGAGAAAAGUUUCCUGCUCGUCUGCUGACUCGAGAUCAGGUUCCAAAUCUGAAUUUGUAGGGAACUCUGGCUCUGCGUCCAAACUGUCUGAAAGCAGGAGGAGACAUGACUUGUCCAGGAGAAACUCCUUGGAUGGAGGUAGGUACGAGAAUAGAGGGAGGGAGGGAGAGGAGAUAAAAAGAGAGAAAGAUAUUAAGUGGAAGACAGAGGAAGAGAGCAACAGGUCAGGAGAAAGAAAUGCUGGAAAUCGGAACGUAAAGAGCGAUUCUCAGGGAGGAAUGUCUAAAAAGGACCUCCCCUCAAACCUCUUAGAUAUUUUCAGUCAGAUCGCCAAGUUUGAGAAGGAGAAGGGGGGGAAGCCAAAAUAAUAACUCCAAUCUAAAACCAGGAUGAGACUUUGACAGACGAUGAAAUGGAUCAUUUAAGACAACACUGCUGAAGCAAUCGCCAAAUGUAUUGUUAACUGAAUGUCCCUACUGGUUGUAAUUCACCUUCAUGUCAACGAGACGCCUGAGACUUGAUUUGAAAUGUCUAAUUCUUGAUGUUAGAUUUAAAGCGUCUAAUUCUUGAUAUUAGAUUUAAAGCCUGUGAGCGACUGUUGGAUGAUAGCUGGUCCGAAUGUUUAUCUGAGUGAUUAAAAUCUUUGAUUCAAAUAAAGAGAGGAAAAUUAUUCCUUUGUUGUAUCACACUGGGGAUAACUUGAGAUCUCUAUAAUCUUAAGUGUGAUUUUUAGUUAUCAGAGGCUCAUUUUUAGACACAUUUUGACCAGGUGAUUUCUUCAUUGAGCCCAUAUAAUGUAAAAACAUCAGCUACAGAGCUACAGGCUUUAGUAUCUCCUCUCUUUCUGUUCAACUGAAGUCAAACUUUUCUUUCUGCUGACGAGGAUACCGCCUUAUGUUCACUGCUUUGUACCAUUCUGUGCAUUCUCUCUGUGGCUUGUUAAACCCUUUUCCCAAACAACCCGACUGUUAGGUACUGCGGUACUUUUUCGAGCUUUACACAAAAUACAUUUUCCAGUUGUAUCCAUAGAUAUCUCUCCUCUCUAGCUAAACCAAAAUCAUCAAAUCAGUAAAGCAUUUGAAAUGUAAAAACUGAAA